AUGGCUGGUGGCGACGUUAAGAAGGGUGCCAACCUUUUCAAGACCCGCUGUGCGCAGUGCCACACCACCGAGGCCGGCGCCGGCAACAAGAUCGGUCCCGCUCUCCACGGCCUCUUCGGCCGUAAGACCGGUGCCGUCGAGGGCUACGCCUACACCGACGCCAACAAGCAGAAGGGCAUCACCUGGGACGAGAAGACUCUGUUCGAGUACCUCGAGAACCCCAAGAAGUACAUCCCCGGUACCAAGAUGGCCUUCGGUGGUCUCAAGAAGGAGAAGGACAGGAACGAUCUCAUUGCCUUCCUCAAGGAUGCCUGCUAA